CCGCAAACCGAUGGCGGACCUGAAUCAACGAUCCUGCCUAAAGAAGAAGAGUUUACAGACUCAGAUGGCCAUGAGUUAGGUGACAACAACAACAACAACAACAAUUCUCUUCCAAUUAGUCUCUUACAGGUACCGAAAUCUAGCAAUACUAGGGCACUAGUCACUGCCAAGAGACCCUCCAAGGACCGUCAUACGAAGGUGGAAGGCCGUGGCCGUAGGAUCCGUAUGCCUGCUACGUGUGCGGCUAGGAUUUUUCAACUGACGCGAGAGUUAGGUCACAAGUCUGACGGCGAAACCAUCCGGUGGCUUCUAGAGCACGCAGAGCCAGCUAUUAUUGAAGCUACUGGAACGGGAACUGUCCCUGCUAUUGCAGUGUCCAUUAAUGGAACUCUCAAAAUCCCAACUACUUCCCCGGCAAGGCCUGACGGUGAUGAAUUAUUGCCGAAGAAGAGACGGAAGAGACCUUCAAACAGUGAUUUUAUCGACGUUAACGAGCAACAGACCUCUGUAUCUUCAGGUUUGGCCCCAAUUUCGCCAACAGCAGCAGCAACGUUACCAAAUUAUGGGGGCGGUAGCACGCAGGGGUUGGUGCCGUUUUGGCCUAUGGGUACUUUUAUGUUGCCACAGUCUGGUAGUGGGUCCAAUCAGUCGCAGUUAUGGGCAAUCCCUGCUGCUGCGACACCGUUUUUUAACGUGGCUGCAAGACCCAUUUCUAGUUUUGUCUCGGCUAUGCAACCUGGGGUCCAGUUGGGCGGCGUUGUUGGUGUUGGCGUUGGUGUUGGUGGAAGUGCUGGCGUUUCAAAUUCAAUUGGAUCAGGUGGGUCUUCUUCUCAAAUGGGUUCAAUGAGUUCCAGUUCCGGUACUAAUAACACAGGUGGCGGUAGUAAUACUAAUACUGGCACUGCUCAAAUGCUUAGGGAUUUCUCUUUGGAGAUUUAUGAUAAAAAGGAGCUUCAAUUUUUAGGUCAUUCUGCUGCUCAACAAUCUCCAUCUUCAAAGCCUUAAAUUAAAUCAAAUGCAGGGUUUUAGUUUUAGUUUUAGUUUUUUUUUUUUUUUAAUUUUUCCUUUUUUGAAAAAAAUUUUUCCUUUGUAAUGCGUACGAGGACAUGAACAUGAGAAGAACAGGCUUAAUUGAUUUUUUCUUUUCUUUUUA